UGUCCCCUGUCCCCAGCCAUGGCCGAGUACCGCAGUCUGCUGGAGGAGCUGGCCCAGAACAUCACGGCCGAGGACCUGGAGCAGCUCAAGUCGGCGUGUCGCGAGGACAUCCCCAGCGGCGAGGGGGACGCCAUCGCCACCGGCCACCACUGGUUCGCCUUCCUGGAGCGCCACAGCAAGCUGGACCGAGACAACCUGUCCUACAUCGAGCACAUCUUCGAGAUCUCGCGCCGGCCGGACCUGCUGACCAAGGUGGUGCAGUACCGCACGCAGGUGCUCAAGAUCUCCGAGGAGGACGAGCUGGACACCAAGCUCACCCGCAUCCCCAGCGCCAAGAAGUACAAGG